AUGUUCUUGAGUGUACAGGAAAUGGCAUUCGUUCCCUGCCUAUGGACAGUAAUGGGCUGGAUGAGGGAUAACAAAUUGAAGCUGAAUCCAAGCAAGACGGAGGUGCUCAUUGUGGAGGAUCGGAAUUUGAGGGAUGAGUUAGAUCUUCCUGUGCUGGAUGGGGUUACAUUCCCCCAGAAGGAACAGGUACACAGCUUGGGAAUGCUCUUAAAUCCAGGCCUCACCCUGGUAUCUCAGGUGGAGGCUAUGGUCAGGAGUGCUCUUCGCGGUGGAACUCUCCGCCUGGCUUCCCACAGCGACGGCGGCACUCUCGGCCCGGCCACCCAGCCGCCCAUGGCGCCGGCGGCACUCUUGGGCCCGGCCGCCCGCCCGCGGUGCCAGCAGCACUCUUCGCGGCGGAACUCUCCGCCCGGCUGCCCACAGCGACGGCGGCACUCUCGGCCCAACCACCCAGCCGCCCGCGGUGCCGGCGGCACUCUCGGGCCCGGCCGCCCACCCGCCCACGGCGGCGGCACUCUUCUUGCACCCGUGAAGGCAACGGGCCUAAUGACAAUGUGGGAGGGAACCGGGCAGCGGGACUUUCCUGUUCACCGCACGGGAGGAGGAGCGGCGGCGGCCUGGUAA